UCGAAAUGCGGUAUGCAGAGCAAGAAUAGCAGUCGCCAUUUACUGCAAUUUCUUGCUUCACUCUCCAUAGAAGAUAAGUAGCACCAGAAGUAGGUUGUAUGAUUUUUUGCAAUAAAGAAAGUUUGGUCAACGUUGGAGCACGCGAAGACAAGUGAGGACCGAUAUUACUGCAUAUGAAUUUAUCCCUGCGGCAGGCUGCAUCAUUUCCUGCGAGUUUUACUUUUUCGGAUCAUUAUGGAAUCGACGGAGUGAGGGAAGAGCAGCAAUGAAUUCAGAAAACAGGAGGAGUUUUGCAAAACGUCCUUUCAUUGUCUACUUCGUUCCGGGUCACUGCAGUUUUCCCAACGGCGCCGACCAGCAUGCUGACUGACCAUGCUAGAUGAAAUGAUCUAACCUCUACUGCCUCCCUUCAGCAGCCCCGCUCAGUCGCUGAUCUCCGACGGGAAAAUGAAGCGCGCCGAGGAGGUAGAUGUGCCUCUCGUGCUAGGACGAGAGCCCCCGAUGCAACACCUCCAUGUAGAAGACGUUGUCGGGCCUGUCGGUAUCACAGAUUCUGAGCUUGCUGAGCUGGAGUUCACGGCGUUGAUGUCUGGAUGUGACGUCCGCUUGGAGCGGCGGUUCUCCCGGGUUGUGGCGCAGGUGGAAGAGGAGCUGCGAAAGGAAGUUGAUUUGCUGGAAGACCUCAGCUUCGACGGGACGUUGACCUGCACUGACAUCAACACUCCUGCGCACCACGACCUACUUGCAGCUCGGGAGCACUUCGCAGAAGAAGAACCUGGCGGGCGGCAGCAGGAAAAAGCGGCACCUGAUGUUGAUGUAAAUGAAUCGUGCCGGUGGCGCGGCGCAGUGGGGUGGACGACCGGCAAUGAUGAAAAGUCUACUUCAAUGGUGAUUGCUUGCUCGGCUGAUGCAGAUCAAAACUCGGAGCCAGCGACAAGUAACCUUUCGGAUUCUGCUUCCAGAACCGGCGAGGACGGGGAGGAUGCAAAUGGAAAACGAAAAGGGGAACAAGAGGACUCGGAAGAUGUAGCUGACGCUGAUGCAGCAGGUGUUUUGUCCAAGCUGGACGCGACUCUGGAACAGCACUAUCAGCGUAAAAUUCGAAAUCUCGAAGAGCGCCAUAUUCUUGAGCGCGAAGAGUUUCGGACCUCACUGAAACGCGCGGAGCUGCAGGCGAAGCACUGGAAGCAAAAAGUGGUCCAGCUCCACCUGCAGAUGAAAAGCUUUACGAAUGGCGCAAAUUUUGCUGGAACUACUGCGAGUUCUUCCUUGUCAAUACAACAUCUUACCGCCGAAAAUGCUGACCAUCUGGCAGAGCACGAGCACCACGACGCGGCAGCUGCCAAUCAACUGUAUGCUGCGGAGGUUGGUAACCUGCGGCAGCUCGCGCGGAAGCAGAGCGUCGCGAUUGCCAAGUGGAAGAGGAGGUACCACCUGCUGAAGGGCUUGAUCACCGCACCAAUUGGAAGUUCAGGUACGGCCACACGCUCGUCCGGGACCAGAUCUGCUACCGUUUCCAGAUGCGGCACCCCGUCGAACCAGCUAACAGCUACAGCUUCUGUUGUUGUAGUAGGAGACCACGAGGACGAUCAUGUUCAUGACGAACCAGCAGCAGUAGCAGUAGCAGGAAGUAGCGAACAUCAAGAAGCGCAGGGUAGUCAUGAAGAACGGGUCGAGAAGCGUUUUCCGCCUGAUGAUUGUAUUUUCGACAAAGGCCGCCACCACUCGACAGCUGCGCGUAUCGCUUCUGCGGCGCCUGGUGUGCGCGACGGAGCCAGCGCGACGUCCUCGUCUGAAGUGAAUCCAGGUACGAGGAGGUCAAGUUUUCUGGAGCAACUGGAAGAAGCGGCCACCGCGCACUUGCUCUCCGAUAUCCUCUCUUCUUCGAAUACGCGUGCCGCUAGCGCCGGGUUGUCCUCGGCUCUGAAAGCCAACGAGGAUGGAUCUGCUCCAAUGCAGAUGCAGCAGAGCGGACUUUUCUGUAGUGAUGGCGAUCGCGGCACUGAAACAGGGCCAGCACGGGACGUGGAUGCAUCACUUGCAGAGCAGCCGGGAGUUUCGACUGAGGAAAGUAGUUCUUGUGGAGUCGAAACCAUUUCCCUUGAUGUUGCAGGUCGUGCACAUCCUUCAGCAACCCAGCUGGCGGCGCUGCAGCAGCAACUUGAGCGAAGUUUUACGGGCGAGACGACCACCAGCUUGAUGGACCUGAGUGUGUCGUCGUUUAAUACUUCCACCGCAAAUUUGGCACAGUUGAUGGCGUCCUGCUCGAUUUCCGCCCCAAAAUUUGAGCCGAAACACCUUCGCGAGCUGUUUCGGCGCCGCCGGGAGGAAUUUCCUGACAGUGAAGCUGUUGCUGCGCACGCGUCCCUUCCAAAGGUCGAAAGUUUACUGCACAGCUUUGCAAACAUACCUUCACCGGCCACGACGACGAUUGUGUCGUCGCCAGAAGAGGAGCAGCUGCUGGAGCAGCUGCAGCAGCAGCGGGGAAAGGAACAGCAGGAGAAUGGGAAUCUGCAAAGCCAACCCGCACACUCGAAUCUUCGCGCUUGUAUCCCUCCCACACCAGGGGAGACCAUAGCGGCUUCCGCGUCUUUGCUGGUCUCAUCGAACCAGACUCUACCUUUGACACGACGCUCGCCUGCAGAAGUUGAGGCGGCGCUGGGACUCGUGGCCGAAGCAGGGUCUAAUACGGAGCGUGGGCAAGGCGGCAUACCAGGCAGUACAAUCGUAGAAACUACAAAGCGGACUGCUCUAUCACGAGACAAAUUGAACACUUCCACUGAGCGUGAGCGCGACGAGCCGGGCGAGCACGCGUAUUCGCCUGAUGAUCUGCUCUCAACGCUGUGUUCCGACAAGAUCACUGUCGCAGCGUCAAGCUGCCGCACCAUGGUCCCUCCCGGAGACGCUCGCGUUCGGGAUUUGCGAGACUUGCUCAUCGACGACGCUGAUCUGGUUGAUCGAGAGCAAGCUGCGGAAUCGCAUCACGACGACGACAAUCGCAGCCUCGAGGACGAUGGAUCAAUGAUCAAAAAUCAUGUGGUCCAAGACGCCCCAGGAGAUGACCUUGACCGCGCAACGAGCACUGAAACUGCUAGCACGAGUCCCAUCAACUACACAGGUCCACCACCGCCCCCUGCGUUGCGUCGCCGUAAUCCAGGUCUUUCUAUUUCGACAAGCCCUCAUUUCGAAAUGAAUGUCGAGGUACAUGCUGGCACGACCACCUCCAGCAAGAGCAAUGUGGUCGGAGCUGGUUCUACAGCAGCCGGCGCUAGGAAAAAUUUGAUUUCCAGCACGGGCUGCACACCCAGCUCUCCCAUGGCCAACCCAGGCCUUUGGUCUACCACUUCGGCCGCCUCGUCAAAUCUGCGCCGGGUGGUAAUCAACGAGAACCAUAACUGCUACCGCGAAGUGAGCGCCAGCCCGAUUGCAAGCUCGGGCACAACAGAUGGCGCGACGUCCACUCCUUCUUCAUCGAGUGCAUCAGGAGCGCCAACAUCUCAACCUGUACCACUUGCUGUUACCUCGGCGGCGUCUCCGUUUUUAUUUUCGGUGCCGAUUCAUUCCAGCCCUACAUCUUUCUCAUCGACAUCCGGAAUCCAGCUAGGAGGGACUGGCGGUGCAGCUCGCGCUUCUCCGAGCUCUGCUGCGGGGAAGCUACCAGUUGGUAGAUCAAGUUUGAACAGCUCCUACGAGGCCUCUCCGACGUAUACUUCGCUGCUCGGAGGGGGCGGCGGUGGUGCUGGCGGAUUUGGUUCUGCGUCGUCCUCUUGCCAGUUCGUGCCCGUGACGAGCUCCGCGCCAGACAGAGUUACGAUGCUGUCACCGAAAUCGGACUACCAGAGGUCCAAAGUUGCCGAGCGAAUUCUUCAGCAGGAGAAGGACACUCUGUUCCCUUCCGCAGCGAGUGCUGGGGCCUCCUCAUCUUCUACAGCCGUCCUCGCCCACCAUUCUUCCGGCAGGAACUCGAUCACAACUGCUACGAAUCGCCGGGACAGCACGAAUUCUCGGUCUUCAGUGACGCAGUACAAUGCGCUGUAUGGAACUACGUCUUCAUCGAGCCAGAACUACAACCAAGCCGGCGCGUCCUCCUGCUCGUCUCCGACGACGCCAGGAAGCACCGCGAGCUCUUCCAAACACGAACACCAGCCCACUUUUACAAAAUCUGCAAGCUCAACUCUGGAGCACCUAGCUACCUUUGGAGGCGGAGGUGGAGGUGCGUCGACUGCGUUGUCUGGCGGUGGAGGAGUUGCCAACGGUUCUGUGGUCGUCCCGCGAUCUCUGUCGCUUCCGGAUCCGAGAGGGGAAGCGGGAGAACGGCGGGAGGGCGGCUGUGCUGAUCAAAAUGCGGACAUUGUUAACAAAUCUUCUGCGAGUAGCAGCAGCAAAGCAACAAAUUGUGUCAUGAGCACUCCCCUGCAGCGGGCCUCGAUGAUAGAGUACAGCCGGUCGCCCAGUUUGAGUGCGAUCGGCGCCGCGGCCAGCGGUCUGGAGCUGUGUAAUGCGCCGCCGCUUGCGGAGCUACCGCAACGAAUUUUGGAAGGAUUUGGCAGCUCCACCUCGUCGUCGUCCGCUUCAGUUUUUGCCGGACCCAAUUGGAGUAGCGUCAGUGAGGGACGACUACAUCAAAGUCAAUCAACACAGCAGGGCGUUUUUGCGUCUCCCGAGCCGAUUCACCUGGAGCGGCUUCCAAUCCAGCGUGCGAGUCCCUCUCUGCCGGAGAGCAAGACGAAAAUCAAGCAGUUCGUUCAAAUCGUACAGGCGAUAUCACCCGUGCCGGCUCCACGCAGGCUCGUUCAACAGAGCUUGUUCUCCACGACGCCCGCGUCCGGAGAGCAGAACAAAGAAAACCAGCCUAUCGCAACCGCCUCUGGUGCUUCUACUGGUUCACUCUCUGGCAAGCUUCGCCUGAGCUCCGGAAGCGUAGGCGUUAGUCCUCGCCCGCUACCUCUGGGCUCUCCGCCACCUGCGCCGACACCUCCGGUGCCUUCGACUGGGGGACGCGAGCUGGCGCACACUCAGACAACGCUUCUUGCGGAGAAAAGCGCCGCUGCGACGAACAUCGCUGCAAACGCUAGCAGCUCGAGCUCCUCGACGGUGCGAUUGCGUCACUCCCAGCGCUCAGCGCAGAAUGAAACGGACAACUUAAGAGCUGCACUAAUUCAAAGUCGCAACGCUAUCAACAGUUCGAAUUUCUAACUAGCAGAGGAAGUUGUCGUGCUUCUGGAGUUUAUGGAGGCAAGAAAGUAUCUCAGAAAAAAUCGAUACGUCCUAAUCAAUGUUUGAAUUGGCAACGAGAACGGGAUAAUUGUAAUUCCGACGAGUACAACAACUCAAAUAGAAAAUAUAUAGAUAGAU